CAUAUUGAUAUCUUUAUUAAAGUUUGUGGAUUCAUAGUGUUACUCAUAAUUUGAAAAGUUGUUUGUUUUUGUGACUUAUCGGGUUUAAGCGUGUCGUGUCCGUAUUUUCUGUGCGUUUUGGACUUGAUAAAACAGGUUAUCGCUGAUUUUGGCGGGAUUGCAGCUUAGAGUGCAGCGAGACAUAGGAACGCUUUGGAAACGUAGUUUUUUCGGUAAUAUGUUAAGGGACAAAAUGCCUUAGUAACACUCGGACAUGAUAGUAGUGUUUUUGUGUUGUAUGAUGAAAUUAGUGGAAUUUUCGGUUGGAAAACCGAUUGGAGACGUCCGGAAACAGAGGAGGAGGAGAUAUGUGAGGAGAAGAGGCAAGGGGAUGAACGAGGGUGUCGUCCCCAAAGGGGUCACGCCAGACUCCGACUGUAACAGCAACCAUCCCAAUUCGGCCAGUUUCUUAUCUGUUUCUUCUCAAGAUGUUGACUUCGUACAAGACAACUCGGACUAUCAAUGGUUUCUCGAUUAUGGAUAUCGAGAUGGAGGAACGAAUCACCACACUAGCCUUCUCUCACUUCCUGAAUCUUACGAAGCCGGAGAUCUCAACUAUUACGAUGCCUUCUCUAAAAACAUGGACGCCAAUUUGGCGGAAGCCGAUAUGGAAAGUUUCAGGACCGAAGACAUACACGCCCUCCUCACCAAUUUACCGCCAAUGUGUACUGACCAUCUAAGUCAAGAGAACCACCGCCAAGGAGAGUGCUACGCCAGCGUAUCGGGAUCGAUGAUGGCCAAGUUCGAUUUCGACAGCUCCAUAAGCCCCCACAGCAGCUCGCAGGGCGAAGAUUCAACGUCCAUGUCCAUCUGCAAGUCCGAGUUGCUCUUCAGCCCCGUGAGGGAGGUCCCGGUUCCGGGGGCGAACUACAGCGUAGAUUCUCUCGAUUGCGACUUCCAAGACAUGAUGCUGACGUGCCAGGCGAACAAGGACAAUUACACCAUAGCCUUCGAAGGGUCCCUGACAAUGUACUCGGAGGAAUCUGAGUUCAAUGGAACGGAGAAAUCUGACGAGCACUCCAACAGCGCGCACUUCUCCAAUGACCUAAAGGCUCAAGCCAAAAAUAUCAAAAAGUUAUCUAAUGCACUACCAAUGACGCAGUCAGACUCAGGAAGUUUCACGACGUGGAGCAAAUUGAAAAAAGCUGGAGGAGAUAACCAGGUUCGAAGACAUCCUUCCGGUAACAAUAACAAUUCAGGUGAUGAUGCUACCCACUUAGGACUGAAUGACAAUACGGCCAAGAGUCAAAGCAUGCCGAACCUCUACAAGCAAAAGUUGAUAAAGAGUCUGAUGCAAAACAAUAUUCUGCAAAACACAAAAAAUGCGUCGGACGUUUCUACGUUGAAGAGGAAACGAGUUAAAGUCUUUGACAUCCAGCACCAUACACAAACGAACAGUGGUAGCGGUGCUAGUAUAUCAGACAUGGCAACUUCGAUCGAUGCUAGUUCCAGUGAGAAUAUUUCUAAUACCAAACAACCUAACUUCAGCUUGGUGAAACUAUUCAUGAAACAAAAAAGUUUGAGUACUGAAGGUAUGUCAACAACAGCAGACCAACUAUCAUCUUCUGAAAACUGGCCUGGGACGCAAUCGGUUGAAAGCAAUUGCUCGGAAACAAAAUCGGCAGAUCAUCAGAGAUACUUGGACCAUAGCCACGAGAACAAAAUUGGGGAAAGCGUUACCAAAAUCCACGGCUACAUCGCUGAAGAGCCGGAGGAUGAAUUGACCAAGAAGGAAGACAUAUCGAGACUGGACUGCAGUAAGAAAUCUUUGAACAACAAUAAUAGUUUUUGCGACAUCAAGAGAACGGAAUCACCAAUCAAGAAAAGUCACCUGAAGUCAACGAAAAAUGACGCUAUAAACAGGAGCAUACAGACCUCUAACUUCUCCGAGAUCAUCAACCUGAAGAACGUAGGAAAAGCUGCUCCUCCAAAAGUGCAAGAACCGGUCAAGGUGGUUGAGCCCUCCUUCUUAAACAAGCUGAAAAAGGAGGGGGAGGUAGAGAAACCAGUUUACGUAAUUUAUCCAAACUAUGUCUUACCCAACUUGGAUUUCCUGAAUGAGAAGGAAGAAGACGUUGCAAAGAUUCUUCUGAUGCCGCAGAGGCCACCGCCAGUUACCACCCAAAGGAAAAGACCGUUCAGUUGCAAUGAUUUAGAGACGCUGCGAGCCAAAGGAUUCAGUCACGUUAAGGAUUGGGAUUCUUUGAACUUCCUCCUACCACCGGAAUGUAGAGAAAUACUUUCUGAUAUCCCGGAAGUGGCAGAAUAUAUCAAACGAACGUCGAGCGUCAAACAGCCACCGCCAAGAACAUCAAGAACAAAGAGACGACCAGUCAGUUGCGAUUACACCGAGCGAGGUUUCGUUUCUAACCAAACAAACAUUUCUUCUAGUUCCAGUACAGCCACACAGCCAAGUUCUGGAUACAGAGGAUCUUCCACAAUUCUCAACGAUUCUCAAAAUAGUCCAGCUCCAGGCAAUAACCUGAAUCCUUUGUUUGUAUAUAGGUACGACAGUGUAACAAGUUCUGAAGCUAGUUUCAUGCAGAAUGAUAGACAGAGAAGCAUAACCACAGCUCCUCCCCUAACCAAAAGAUGCGUUAGUGUAACUCAUGGAGAAAUAAUUCCUCCAAGACCUCCUUUACCAAAGAACAUUCUCUCUAAAGAUCCCAAAAGAUUCAGUCUUUGUGAAACGAAUACUGAUCCCCCAGUUUUCGAAGAUAACAAAUACAAGAGGAUAUCUCUUCAAGAACCUUACUACCUAGCUAGAAACAAAAGACUCUCGGAAACUGAAGAUGAAGGUGUAGACGCAGGAACAUCCAGCAGCAGUAUGGAUGAGCACGAACCGCCCGUCACUACCAGAUCUAAAUCCAACAGGCUAUUUCCAAACAUGAGUAUCGACGAAUUGACGCAAUUCGAAGAGUUCUUGAAAUGCAGCGGAAUCUCUUCUUCGGAUCCUGAAGAACUAAGUGACGAAAACAUGACGCAACUCAGGUCUUACGUCAGUAGAUUUCUGUCGCUGAAGAUGAACCAGGAAGGAGGAGAGUUUUUCGGAGGAAAGAAGACUGUGAGCUUCGCUGAGAAAGUCAACGUGCUGCCGAAAAAUUUGGAGGUUAAGCCGACCUUCUUGGCUCCCAAUAACUCACCAAACGUUUCUGCUUUCAGCCAUCAGAAAAAUUAUCAGAAUGCUCAAGAUGGCAGAGAAGUAGAUGCUACGUAUUCUAGUCCACAAACCACCCCGAUACAUCGACAGUCGUACAACAUGGUGCAAAAAUGGUCACUCGUGAACGGUGUGACAAACGCGGUAGAUCUGUUGGUCAAACAUUUCUCCUCAGCUUCAAACCAAGCUGAACUAACAGCUUUAGGAGACUCAAGCUUGAAUCCUACAUGUGCUAAAAUAGCUUUAACCCACCUUUGUCCAGCUUUGUAUGCGGUUUUGAGCGAUGGACUGAAACCUAACCUAGAAACCAGCUUUGGUGCAAUCAAUAACUCUGUAUGGCAAGUUGUCGAAGCUUCAGCCAAACAAGGUCCCCUGACAAAAGCGUUGAACGAAUUGGUCAUGAGAAUAAACAGUGAAGACGCCAUCACGGAGGGUCUAGUCAAGUUUAAUACCUUUGUUUUCGGCUUGUUGAAUGUUAGGUCACUUGACGCUUGGGCAAGCUAUUUGAGAACACGAGAGAGUGUUUUGAAAAAACAUUACGAUUACGAUUCACUUCUAAUCUUAUCACACACUGGCGGUUCUAACGUUCGAGUGCUUUUGGAUAAAUUGAUCACCGCUUUGCAACCCUUAGCAGUUUAUCCUUUCCAACUUGAUCUCUUUUAUGAGACGAAACAACUGCAUAUGAGUCUCAAGAGAAUGGAAACCCUUAGUCCAACACAUAAGCUGUCCUUCAAGCAGUGGAAUAACGCAGGUCUUUCCAUGCAAAGCAAUAAAUCUAACUCUGACUCUGAAGAAGCAUCGGCGGCUACAACCGUGCGACAUAGAUCGGGAUAUCAGGAGGAGGAAAACCUACCAGAUAUACUCAACAGCUCCGCCACAACGAAAAUCAAGAGCAGGAGUGAGAAAGAGCGACCCAGGUCAUGCUGCGACCCUGGAUCUUUAGGAAAACCAAGUUUCAAGCUUGGUGAAGACGUUACUAGUAUAGCGAAGAAGAGGUGGUCUGGCAUCGCCUUGAAUUCGAAGUUGUAUCAGGUUUACGACAGGUUAGCUAGAGAAGAUGAUGAGGAAUAUACUGAUAGCUUAGAGAACACCAACAAUAUGAGGGUCGAAGAAUGCGAGGACAAUAACUCCGAUGAAAACAUCCCCCAAAUCCAACCGGAAUCACUUGAAUACGCUGCAAAUGAAGAAGGUAAACCUCUCAACGGAAAACGGUUCAAGAAACUCCAGCAACGGUGGGAGAUGCUCAGUGGCAAAGACCAAGCCUUUUCUCCCCCUCUCUCUCCAACCCAUACACCAAAUACACCUACACCAAAUACCCCUAGCAAAUCUAGGAUACCAAGACUCAUAACGUCUCCAGUUAAACCAGUAUCAGGCAUACCAGUCGCUGUAUGUCAAGGAGCAAAAGCUUCUAAUGGUAAGGGCAGUCAAAAGAAAGUGACAACGCCCCCUAAUCCUAAACCUCCGAUCACGAACAAGAUGGGAUCAGCAAAAAAUUCCCCAGCUAGAAAAACGCCAGUGACAAAUACCAGAACAAGUAGAGUGGAUCAAGUAGAGACUGGUAAUGACAACAACAAGCACCCACCAAGACCAAGCAGUCUACCGUAUAAACCAGCAGCACAAAACAGCAAAUCUUCUAAGGUACCGCCUAGGAGAGCUGCAUCUAGCUCUUUGAAUAGGAAACCACUCUCAAUUCACUCAAAAACUCCCAAGGUUGUGAGAACGUUAUCUCACAGAUUGCCAUCUGAAAGUGGCCAUCUGUCGUAUAACGAGGGCGAGAACCUGAAGGUCAUACUGAGGGUGGACGACAAAUGGUUGCUUUGUUGUAGAGGUACCCAAAAAGGCCUGGUACCAGUCUCUGCUGUCAUAUCAGCAGACGUAGGAACCUUCUGAUGAAAGCAUUUUCCCUUGUAAAUAAACUCAUUGGCAUUUUUUCAGUUGUACAUUUUUUAUACAAACUGCAAAUUGUAUUUUAUAGAGUGGGGAAUAUUUUUACGAAGUGAUUUUGAGGGCCUUCUUUUUUAGUUAUGGCAUAAUUUGACACCUGAAAUGUCAAUGAUGAUCACGCCCAUCUUGUAUGUAAUCUAUAUCAUAAUCUAUCUAAAAUGUCUCGAAAUGAUUCGAAAAUUUAUUUAUUGAUAUUGUAGGUUGAAAAAAAAUUCAAAUUUAAUUUGAUGAAUUAAUUAUUCAUUAGGAGGAAAUUGUUCCGAAAGUAUUGCGCUACGAUAUUAUUACAGCUUUUUAAUGUUGUAAUACGCUAUUUUGAUAUUAUUUUAUCACUCAUCCUGCUUCUUGUACCAAGUGGAUCUAAUGUACUUAAUGAAUAACAUCUGAAGAAAAACAUAAAAACAAAUAACUAUGGAAAUAAUAAAAUAACGUAUGUUUUUCUAAUAUGAGCACAUACCUAGUAAUUAACUCAUGUUUUUCAUCAGUUGGAAGGUAAAUUUUUUCUUCAAUUUUUUCUACCAGUUGGAGAACUGAAAUAGUAAUGAAAUAUAUAUAUUUCUUUUAGGUGCUAUGAGUAUCCUUGCAAUUAUUCCUUAGAAUUAUUCGUUUUCGUACCAUUUUUGAAGGUCCGUUUUUGUUUAUUGGUGGUUGGUUCUUUCUUUGGGAGUUUCUGUUCGAUUUGUUCGGUGUUGGUCUUGUAUUUGAAUUUCAUUUGUUUUAAUUGGUUUAACGAUAUCUUUUGAGAUUUUUUUUUCGUUGAAAUAUGAAAAAUGGAAAAGAUUUCCAUUUGGAUUAAGUAGUAGCUUUACUUCAUUGUAUUAAUCCUAUCAUCAAAUUGGUUUUAUUUAGAGCCAUUUAAAUUAUUAAAAAAAUCCCUUCCCGGAUCCUAUCCUUGCAUGCUAACGGUGUUGGUGGCUAUACCUAUUUAACCCUAAGAAAAGCUCUUCCUCAAAUCACUAACACUUAAACAUCCAAAAGCCUCUCCUUGCAUGUUAAAUUCUUCACCGGUUAGAGGGGAGCAAGAUAAAUGUAGGAAGCUGUUUUGACAUUCCUAAAUUUUUUCCACAAUCUCAAUCCAACGUAGAGAAAAGUUUCAAAUUUUCAACGCUUAGUAUUCUUGAAAUCUUCAAUUUGCAUCUCAAUAGUUAGUUUGUCUUUUGCUAACUUUGGCAGAGGUGUAUGCACCUUGCUCUGUAUUUUCAUUUUAAACUUUCUAAGCACCGAAUCAAGCGUGGUCCAAGUAUUAGAAUGAAUACCAGUAGGAUCCAACCUUGUGAAGAAUUCUAUUACCUUAGGAUCUGCAGAAAUGGUUUCGAAAAGGAAUAAUCUUAGUAUCUUAGGAAUCUUCAAUGUUGAGGUUGAACCACUAUAAACCGGUUCGAAAAUAUCAUUGUAAAUUUCCAUCAAACACUUUGGAAAAUGUGAUAAGUUACUGGUAAUUAAAUAGACUAAAAGGAAUAGAUGUUAUUGUUUCGAAUGUUAUGAAAAUAUCAAUAACUUUUUUUCAUUCGCGAUGUUUUUUCAAUUUGUCAGUUAAUUUCGUUUGAAAAAUUGUAUUUUUGAAAGGAAAACUAACUGAACUGAAGAUCGUAGUUGAAUUCGAUAUUUAUGUCUCUAGCAGACUGAUAUUUUUGACUCGCAGGUACUUGGAAUUGAUUUUGAAAUUUUUGAUUUGUAUAUAGAGCAAUGAAAAUUGAUGUAAAUAUCCUACUGGAGACUUUCUUUUUUAUAAUUUACGGGAGCAAGAUUACCAUAUUUGCGGUGCCAUGACACCCGUUACCAUAAUAUAAUAUCGUUAUGUAUAAAACUUUGUUGAAUAGCUUUAAAUUGAUUUUAUUAUUAAUUUAAGUUGACCAUUAGUCUGUAACUUAGCCAGGAUGAUAAUAAUAAACCAUUAUUGCAAA